AUGUUUUCGAGCACAAGAUCUGUACGAAAGGGAAUGGAAGCCGUCUUUUCACCCCAAGGUGUCACACCAAUCGGGCCAUAUUCCCAAGCUAUCAAGGCAAACAACAUGGUGUUUGUUUCAGGCCAGAUUCCGGCUGAAACUACGGGUAAACUUAUCGAGGGCACCGUUGCCGAGAAGACACACAAGAUGUGUCAGAAUGCCCAGGCUGUCUUGGAGGCUGCCGGCUCCAGCCUAGAUAAGGCCGUCAAAAUCACAAUAUACUUCCAGAACUUGGACGACUUCAAGGAAAUGAAUGAUGUCUAUGCUCAGUACUUCCCGCAUAAACCCGCUCGUAGCUCGUGCGAAGCAACGAGACUUCCCGCUCAAGCGAGCCUCGAGAUGGACAUUAUUGCGCUGCAGUAG